AUGCUGGGAGACAAACACGGCCCCCCUCACGGACCGCGGGGCCGCGGCCGCGCCUCGGAGGCUCCGGGCACGGAAUCCCCCGGCCCCGCUGAGGAGAGUGCGGAGCCCCCCGACCCGCGUGAGGGCUCGGGGCACACGGAGCCCGCCGGCCCCGCUCGGGAGGGCCCCGGCACGGCGCCGCUCCACCCGCGGCGGGAUGCGAGGGACGCGGAGCCCCCCGGCCCGCAGGAGGGCCCGGGGCACACGGAGCUCCCCGGCGCCGCUCGGGGCUCGGAGCCGCUCGACCCGCCGCGGGACGCGGAGGACUGGCCCCCGGCCGGCCGCGCGGAGCUGCCGCUGGUGCCCGCCGAGCUCCGUGCGCGGCUGCUGGACCGGCGGGACUACCGGCGGCGCGCCCAGGCGGUGGAGCAGCUGCGGCGGGCGCUGGAGGGCUGCAGCCCGGCCGCUCUGAGCGCCGCGCCCGCCGCCGCGCUGCGCGGGCUGAUCGCGCUGCUGGACGCGCUGCUGCGCGACCCCAACUUCGCGGUGGCGCGGGGCGCGCUGGAGGCGGCGCGGCUGCUGGCGCUGCGGCUCGGGCCGAGGCUGCCCGCCGUGCUCGGGCCGCUGGUGGCCGCGGCGGCGCGGGCGCUGGGGGACACGCAGCCCGCGAUGCGCAGGGACGGCGCCCGGCUGCUGCUGCGCCUCAUGGGCGCCGCGGGGCCGCGGGCCGUGCUGCGCCUGCUGCUGCAGGAGCGGCUGCUGCGCCACCGCAGCGCCCGGCUCCGCGAGGAGCUGCUCAACACCUGCACGGCCGCGCUGCUCACCUACCCCGGCGAGCAGCUGGACCUGCCCCGGCUGGCGGCCGCGCUGGCGCCCGCGCUGCUGGACUCGAAGCGCCGUGUCCGGCACGCCGCGCUGGAGGCGCUGGCGGCGCUGGCCGCGGCCAUGGGCUCCGGCCGCACGCAGGAGCUGCUCGGGGCCGUGGGCGCCGCGGAGAUGCGGGCGGGCGGCGCGGGGGCCCUGCUCGCCCUGCAGGCGCGGCUGGCCAGGAAGGCGCUGCCCAGGCUGGGCGAGCAGGGCUGUGUGGAGUACGCGCUGCCCCUGCCCUCCGCCGGGCGCUGCCGCGGGCGCUGCCACCCCCCCGGCGCCGACACCGAGUGGCUGCUGAUGGGCAGCGGGACGCAGAGCGCUCGCUGCGGGUGCCCCGCCGGGGAAGAGGCGCUGCACGGCCCCGGCUCCAGCUGUGCCGAGCAAGCGGUGAGCCCCAGGAGGGUCCUGAGCGCCGGCAGAGGGAAGAACAAGCUGCCGUGGGAAAGCGAGCUGGCUGGAGACGGGGAAGGUGGCUCGGCGGUCAGGAUGCCGUUGCCGAAGGGUGUGGAGCAGUUCUCUGCAUCCAAUGAUUUCCUUCACUCCCCAAAGAUCCAGCCCCCCCAAGGAGUCCCAGCCAGUGAGGAGUUAUUUUUUAACAGAAAAAGAGCUUCCAGGACUUUAUUGCAGAGCGGUGUGGAAGUGAACUCUGGGAAUUCUUCCGUUUGUGCUGGUGCUAUGGACUCUCAGCAGCCCCAGAAUCCAGGGAAGCACGGAACACUUGGAUACCCCCAGGCACGUGGGAAGGAUGGCAGUGUGGACUCGGAGUUACAGUUGUGGGGACUCAACAACUGUCAGCAGGACAAAGUUUCCUCCAGCCUGAAUUUUUCCAGCAAGACGCAGAGAGGGUUUUGCACUCAGGCAGAGCCCACCAUGUCCUUCCAAGGCCUCAGUGCCAGCCAGGGCACCUUCAUCCUGCCCUCCUGCCCCCUGUCCUCCCCCAGGAACAGCCCCAAGCACCUCUCCUCUCCAGCUGCAUCCCCAGGCAAGGCCCAGGACAGUCCCACGAGCCUCUCCAACUCCUGGCCUCGCAAAAGCUUCCAGGGGCUGCCCCAGCCUGGCUCCCAGAGACAGCUGCUCAGCCAAAAGCCAGGAGACAGCGCAGGGGAGAAGGUGCUGGACAAGCCCCCCCUGCAGCUGAAGGCCAGGGCAGUGAGAGCCCCCCCCGGCCGGCGGGGCCUGCCCGUGCCCCCCAUCCCACACGCGGGCGGCACAGGGCACAGGGACAGCGAGGACAGCGAGGGCUCCUGCCUGGGCCAGCGGGGCAGGGAGCUGGCAGCGGGGCUGGCACGGCUGCACAUGGAUGCUGAGGAGGUGGACCAGCAAGAGAUGCAGAACUCUCUGCGCUCCCUGCGGAACAGCGCGGCCAAGAAGAGGGCCCAGCUGAGCAGCAGCUUUGCCGACCUGGAGAGCCCCGACCCUGCAGCCAAGCUGGACGUGUCUGGGGACUGCCCCUCGCAGGGCUCCUCCCCCAGCGAGAGCGGCAUUUACAGCCAGGACUCCCUGCCCUCCCCCGUGCCCAGCCUGCCCCGGAGGAGAGUGAUGUCAGACACCUUUCCACUGCUUGGCAGCAAAUCCCAUCCUGCCAAAGCAUCUCCAGCGAGGAGCAGAGCCCCAGCCGUGGCAGAGCAUCGCUCCAGCACAGGCCUUGCAGAUUCUGUGUCUGGUUUUGCACCGAUGGACGAUUUGGGUUUCUUGCCUGGAGAGACCGUGGUGGUUGUUGGUAAAGGUGUUUUUGGGAGCCCCCCUGCCCGAGCUCACAGCCAGUCCAUGCCGUGUGUGGCCAACGGAGAUGACCAGGGUGUCAGAGAGGACACUGAGCCAUCCCCAGGGACCCUGGGGAGAAGCCUCCAGCAGAACAGUGCUUCCCAUUUCCAUGCUGAGAAUGACAGACAGAUAAAAGUGACCAUGUCAAAAUCUGCCCAGGAUAAGCUGAGGAGGAGGAGAAAAGAAGAAAAAAAAGAACUCAAUCAUAAAGAGCAUCAGGAAGGCAAAGACCUGGAGGGGAAGGAAGAAAUCCCUUGGGAAGGGCUUAGACUGAGUAUGAGUGAACCAGAGAGACUGACAGCAGAAAGGUUUAAUCUCUAUGGGGAUAUUUUAACAUCACCAAGAAACGGAUCUUUGUCCUUAGAAAAUGUGGCCUUGAAUCCUUCUCUCAGAAGAGCAUCCAGUUUGAAGAGGUCAAAGUGUUCCCCCUUGCUGGAUCCUGAUGAGCCGUGCCUGUGCCCGCGGGGCCGGCCCAAGGAGCAGGGCCCGGCGGUGACGCCCAGCCCCGAGGUGCUGGACCCCUCGGAGCUGCAGCCCUUCCCCAGGCCCGACACUGCCCUGGCAGAGGCCCUGGCACUGCUGGCUGACAAUGACUGGGAGAAGAAAAUUGAGGGUCUGAACUUUGUCAGGUGCUUGUCUGCCUACCAUGCCCCUGUUCUGACUGCAAAGCUCCACGAAACAAGCUUGGCUGUGGCUCAAGAGGUCAAGAAUUUACGCUCAGGUGUUUCUCGAGCUGCUGUGGUGUGUUUAGGGGAUUUGUUCACCCACCUGAAAAAGAGCAUGGACCAAGAACUAGAUAAUGCAGUCAAAGUCCUUUUGCACAAAGCUGGGGAAUCCAACACUUUUAUAAGGGAAGAGGUAGACAAGGCACUGAAGGCCAUGGUUAAUAAUGUGACUCCAGCACGUGCACUUUGUUCUCUUAUAAAUGGAGGGCAAAGCCACCUGCACUCUGCCGUGAGGAGAUGCACAGCCCAGCACCUGUCGGACCUCGUGGAGCGCCUGGGCCCCGAGCGCAUCCUGGCCGGCCCCAAACCCUGCGCCGAGCGGCUGCUCCCGGCCACGGCCAGGUUUGCCCAGGACAGCUCCCAGCAGACACGGUACUAUGGCCGGAGGAUGCUCUUCAGCUUGAUGGCCCACCCUGAGUUUGAGAAGGCCCUGGAGAAGCACAUCCCAGCCAAGGACCUGCCUUACAUUAGGGAAUCUGUGAGCAGCCUCCGUGAGAAGGGUCUGGGGGAGAUGCCAUUGGACACACCCUCUGCCAAAGGAAGACGUUCCCAGACUGGCAGUGUUGGACAUUUGAGGUCGUCCCCCACCUCCAGAGAUGCUCUCAGCGUCCCGGACAGGGACGGCACAGAAGCCCGGGAGGUGCCACGGAAAGCAGCUCCUCGCAGUGCCCUGGAAAGUGAAGAGUAUGUCAAGGAUAUUGUAGGUUUGUUGAAUGCCAAAGACUUCAGAGAGAGGAUAACUGGCAUCAGGCAGCUGCUGCUGGACACAGAGAACAGUCCAGGCCUGGUGGUUGCAAACCUUGUGAAGAUCUUUGACGCUUUCAAGUCUCGCCUCCACGACUCCAACAGCAAAGUGAACCUGGUGGCUUUGGAGACGAUGCACAAGAUGAUUCCACUGCUCAAAGACAGCUUGGCCCCUGUGAUCAACAUGUUAAUUCCUGCCAUAGUAGACAACAACCUCAACUCCAAAAAUCCAGGGAUUUACGCAGCUGCCUCAAACGUUAUCCAGGCUCUCUGUCAACACUUAGACACCUCUCUGCUCCUGCAGCCCUUCUGCACAAAGGCCCAGUUCCUGAACGGCAAAGCCAAGCAGGACCUGACAGAAAAGCUGGCUGAGCUGGUGCCAGAGCUGUACCCACGCAAGCCCUGGGCUGUGGAGCAGAAGGUGCUGCCGGUGCUCUGGCCCCUCCUGGGGAACACGUCCAGCAGCGGCUCCGGGGCCGGCGGGAGCCUCCGGACGGCCACGGCCAGCCUGGCCAAAGCACUGUUUGCACAGAUGGGGCCCAGCCUGCUGGCCCACGCUGCAGCCCAGCCAGCACACGUCAGGAAGGCUUUGGAAGAGCUGCUGGAGACAGGAACGUAAAACCACCAGUGCUGAGGGCGAAACACCACCGGCCCCCUGACCCAGGCACGCAGACAGGGACACGGGACAAGGUGGGAACAUCCCUGUGUCGAGGGUACACAGUGCUGGAGGAGCUGCUGGGAGAGCCUGUCUGAACGGGGCAGGGUGGGG